AUGCUUCAAAAAGCAAAUACUUUUGUCGGAUUAAAUAAUUUAGGAUCAACUUGUUAUAUUAACAGUUUACUCCAACUAUGGUUUCACAACAUUAAUAUUAAAAACGCAAUAUUAAAUUGGGAUCCCAUAAAUGAUGAAAAUGGAAAACAAAACCACACUCUUUUCAUUGAAAACGCAUAUGAGCCCAUGGCUGCAAUUGGUCAACUUCAAUUAAUAUUUGCUUUGAUGGAGUUUGGCAAUCAGCCAACAGUAGAUCCUAAACCCCUCUCAAAUUCACAAUCAAAUGUGUCCAUUCGAGAAAUGGUAAAAAAUAAUUUUUUUUGCGAUUAUUACAGUGUCAUUACAUGUUUAGCGUGUAAAACAGAAUCAAUAACUUCUUCACAAUUUGGGCAAAUUUAUUUAAAUAUUAAAGGUCAUAAAACCUUAACUGAAAGUAACAAAAUUAAGAACGGAAAUAACAUGUCCUUACACUAUAGAUUUGUCAAAGUAUUUGAUGUAUCAUAUGCAUCAUCAAAGGACCACUAUAAGUUUGAACUAUUUGGGGUUUUGAUACACAAAGGCCCAAGUUCAAAUGUUGGUCAUUUCAUUACACACAUUAAAGAUCUCAAAACCGAAGAAUGGUAUGAAAUAAAAGAUGAAAUCGUGAAAAAUUUGAAUACCUACAAUUCAAAUGUGCACAAUGAAAACAUAUUUAAGGGAUUUACAUCAAAUCAACACAUCAACAUUCAAACAAACGAGUUCAAACUUAAUGAUGCUUACAUGUUGGUGUACAUAAAUACUACCAUAGUAAUGAAGGUAAAAACAGAAACAUCUUCCUGCACAUUAUCACAACGACUGGCUCAAUGUGUUAAAAGCUGUAACAAUGAUUGUGAAAAAAAUUAUCAUUUGACAUUGGAAUAUAGACUCUCAUUAGCAAAUUUCGUCAGAAAAAUGAAAUCUACAAAAAUAAAAAACAAUGAAGGCGAUGCUAUUUUGAUGGAGUGGCUAAAAUCAUUUAGGCUCUCAAUCCCUGAUAAUAAAGUCAACAAAAUAGACAACAAAUCCAUAGUAUGUUCUCGUUAUAAACUCAAUCCUAAUGCAUUACACACAGUCAAAUACAUAGGAACAGAACUGACUGAUAGACUGUAUGGAGUUGUAGACAAUACCAUGGUCAAAGAAAGUUUAAAAGAAAAUGAUAACAAAGGUAGAAUAUUAAUAGAACCCGAUUCUGCGAUAGCAAUUGAUAAAUACUUCAAAUCCUUAGAAACUCUACGCAGUCGCAUAAUGCUCAUAUCCAACAUCAACAUUAAUAGUUUGAAAUAA